CAAGGAGCAGAAGUGGCCGCGCAGCAUCGGGCCGCUCGUGGACGUGUAUUUGGCGAACCAGCUGUCAGUCUCGCUGCGAGCAAAGAGCUCGCAAGCAGCAUGCUGAUUUUUGCCCGCAGGCAACACGUCAUGCCUCACGGCGGCUUCGACGUCGCCAGCCUGACGCAAGGCACCAUCGUGCUGCACCAGGCGCAGCAGGAGUACGCCUUCCAACCGCUCGGCGUGCCCGCCGCCGAGCCUGAGCGCUUCGAGCAGACGAGCGUCGGCGAGUACAUCUACCGCGACCUCGGCGACGCCGAUGCGGCCGAUGCAGCAGCGGCAGGCACGCGCGUGCUCACAAGGCAUCUGAACUACCGCGACGGCGAGGCGACGAAGAUCUGCGACGAGGCCGACGAGGCGCACUCGACGCGCGACUUUGUGCUCUUCGUCGAGGCGCUCGACGCAUCUGCAGCCGGGCGGGAGAAGCUGAAGCGCACGGCUGAGGAUCUGGAGCAGGCGUACGUCGCCGUGUACGGCGCCGACAGCGUGGAGCGAUCGUACGUGCGCAUCGUGGAGCUGGAGAAGGGCGCGGGCGUUGCAGAGCUGGCGCUCGACUGGUGAAGUGUGUCACGGACUAGUGAAAUACACAUGCACCUGCUGCCUGCGAGAGAGAUGAGCUUGAGC